AUGGAGGCUGGUCAGGUGUCCGAUCCCAAAAAGCUGGCCGCCAUCGUCACGACAACGCAGAAGGUGAACAACAUGAUAAGCUUUGCCCAGGCGAUGAUCGCUCAGGCCCGCGCCAUGCUAGCUGAGGACCGCUAUCUCGAGGACGCCAUCUUGACCAACGCGACAGGCCACCUGAACAAGGCGGUCUUCAACGCUGGAGUGAACACGGUACCGAAUCAGGAUCGCUUGCAACUGAAGAUCAACGAGCUCGAGGCAGAGGAUAAGGUCUUCCAGGUCGCCUUUUCCGACGUCGUGCCGCUGCGCGUCACGAAUCUGGGCGCUUGA